CUUUAAAAGAAAAAUAAAAAUUGGAAAAUGUGAGAGAGAGAGAAACAGAAAGCAGAACAGAAGAGAAAGGAAGAAGCCUGGAAGUCAAGAAAGAACAAUUCCAUUUAUUUUAUUAUAUUUAAUUCAUAAUUCAGAAAAUAAAAAUUUUUAGAUUUUAAUGUCUGGAGAGAGAGAGAACGAAUUGUAUGUUGAUUGAAGAAGAUCUUGGCAUUUGAUUGAUUUAUAAUAAUUCCUUACAGUUUCAGUUUCUCCAUCAUUUCUUCUUCUUCUUCUCCUUUCUUCUUUGUCGUAGUUUCUUCCUUCUAUUCAAUCGGUUUCUUUCCGUUCAUUACUUUCUCUCUGAAAGGAAAGGAAAAGAAAGGGAGGGGUUACAUCACACAUACCAAAUGAAGACCUCUCUCAGGAAAUUGAGAGGUUUCGCACUUCGCCAUGCUGACCACAAGGACCGAAGAGAUCUUCACCCUUUGGCUCCCACCGAUGAGCUUGCUCUGGCUUCUCAGGACAUGCAGGACAUGAGAGAUUGCUAUGAUAGCUUACUUUCUGCUGCUGCAGCCACUGCUAAUAGUGCUUUUGAAUUCUCAGAAUCAUUGCGUGAGAUGGGUGCUUGUCUUCUCGAGAAAACUGCAUUGAAUGAUGAUGAAGAAAGUGGUAAAGUAUUGCUGAUGCUGGGAAAAGUGCAGUUUGAACUCCAGAAACUUGUUGAUAGCUAUCGUUCUCACAUAUUCCAGACAAUUACAGUCCCAUCAGAGUCUCUUCUCAAUGAACUUCGAACUGUUGAGGAGAUGAAGCGGCAAUGUGACGAGAAAAGAGAUGUGUAUGAAUACAUGAUAAGGAGGCAAAGAGAAAAAGGAAGGGGAAGAAGUGGGAAGGCAGAGUCUUUUUCUAUGCAGCAGUUACAAACGGCUUAUGAUGAAUAUGAUGAAGAGGCAACCUUAUUUGUUUUCCGUCUGAAAUCCCUAAAGCAAGGACAAUCUCGGAGUCUUCUUACUCAGGCAGCACGACACCAUGCUGCUCAGUUGUGUUUCUUCAAGAGGGCUCUUAAAUCUCUUGAAGAACUUGAGCCACAUGUGAAGUUGGUCACUGAACAACAACACAUAGAUUAUCACUUUAGUGGCCUUGAAGAUGAUGAUGGAGACGAUGUUGAUGACGACGACAAUGAUGACGACGACGACGAAGAUGAUGAUUCCUAUGGUGAUGUAGAAUUGAGUUUUGACUAUGGACAUAAUGACGAGGAGCAAGAUGUUGUUUCUACAGCGAGAAACUCAAUGGAGUUGGAUAUGGUGGAUGUUACAUUUCCCCAAGUUGCAACAUCAGAAGUCACAAAGGAAAAUCUUGAUAGCAGCUACCGGAAAAUUUUUCCUUUCAGAGGAGAAAUUAGGAAAGGAAGCCAGUCGGCCCCACUUUUUCCUGAAAAGAAAUCUGAUCCAACCGAAAGAGUGAAACAGAUGCAGCCAUCAUCUUCAAGAAGGCUCAAUACGUAUGUAUUGCCCACCCCAGUUGAGACAAAGAGUUCAAAUUCUACAGGAACAGGUAGUCUAGUUCAUCAAACAUUAAAGACAAGUUUGAGUGGGCGCAAUUUGUGGCAUUCAUCCCCUCUGGAACCAAAGAAAUAUGAAAAAUUAACAGGAGAUGAUAAAUAUCGUGGAUCCACUGUUAAAAAUUCGGAGUCAGUGCUCAGGGAAAGCAACAAAAAUACUGCUUCCACUCGAUUGCCUCCUCCUCUGGCUGAUGGGCUCUUCAUUUCACAGUCAGAUUCCAAGAAAAUCAAAAGAUACGCCUUUUCAGGUCCUAUUGCAAAGGCAUGGCCUACCAAACCAGUUUCAAUGGAAUCUCCUGGAUUGUUCUCGGGACCCCUUUUGCAGAAUCUAACAGUGCAAUUACCAUCAUCAUCUCCUAAAGUAUCUCCCAAGGUAUCUCCAAAAGUAUCUCCUAAGGUAUCUCCAAAAGUGUCACCAACAGAUUCCCCUACUUUUGUGUCCUCCCCUAAAAUAAGUGAGCUUCAUGAGCUUCCUAGGCCUCCAGCCAGUUCAGCCUCCAAGUCUUCAAGGCCUUUGAGUUUGGUUGGUCAUUCAGCUCCUUUGGUGCCCAAAAGUCACAUGCGUCCUACUGGUAGAUCUUUGGUGUCAAAUUCAGCAUCUCCGCUGCCAGUACCUCCUCAGGCUGUUGCUCGCAGUUUCUCCAUACCCUCCAGCAGUCUUAGAGCAAUGGCAUUGAAUAUCUCUAAGCCACUGGAAAGUACUGAGAAUUCAGAGAUGCCUCAAGAUAUGGUCUCACCUCCUUUGACCCCAAUAUCUUUAUCAAACAUCCAGCCAUCAUUAGCUGGUUCCGGGAAUGUCAAUCAGACUAUUCAAAUCAGAGGUGCAGAUUGAUUUUAUUCUUUGUGGCAAUUUUGUUUCUAGUUCGGCAACAAAAAGCUGAGCAUUCGAGAUUCUGUGUUGAUUUCGUGCAGGUGCAGAUCUGUAAAUAUAAUUUUUGUCUAAUUUUUAGUUUAUCAUUUUUUCUCUGUUAAUCCAUUUCUUAAUUUUUAGGAUGAGCACUCGGCAUGAAUUAAUUGAAUAAUUGCCUAGAUGUUCCAUCAGUGAAAAAAUUUUGUAUUUUCCCAAGUAAUUAAUAGACAAACUUCCUUUUUCUCCCUC